UUUUGACAUGUCGACCGACAACAAAGUGGACUUCGCUACUCAGCGUGCGGCAAUUAUCGGAAACACCUUUGAAAUUGGAGGGCAACCAAUCGAGAUCGCAGAUAUUCAAUUUUCGGAAAAAGUCGUUUUCGAUUUCAAAACGCAGGAGAAAGGAUACCAAACCCUAGAAGAGUGCCAGGGCAGGAUUGAUGAAUUCGUGCAAACCCGCGCUCAUUGGGUUCCUAAUAAGAAUCGUGCCGCAGACGAGGCGAAGAAAGAUCUCGCUCAUAAAUGGAAUGCCGGCUCAAUCUAUGAGAUCCUUUUUUUUGACAAUGGGGCGGUGUUAGUGGUAGAACAGAAGAAAGGCGAAUUAGAGGACAAGAUGGCCAAGCUGAAAGCAGAGAGAUCUCAAGGGUCCACCAAGUAG